CAUAAACUAAAUAGACUCUUUGUGAUAUUAUAAAGUUAUAACGAGCUUUAGUGCUUACAACUGGGAGUUCUAGCAGGACAAUGAACCCAACCACAUACAGAAACUAGCUUUGGAUCAAACAUACCAAUAGGAGCCGUCAAAUGUCUACCCAAAUCACAGGAGCGGAAGCUUAUUAAUGGCUAUAAAAAAAGAGUAUGUAUGCGUAUAUUUGAGCCUGUAUUUCCAAUUUCUACCCGUCCAAAUGCUUAUUGCGAGUGGCUAUAAAUCCCUGACUGCAACUGUGUGUUAUUUUCACGCUGCCCUGGUCCUAAACAUCUCCGUGUCGUUUAUUCUGCCCGCAGAGGUCUGCCCGUUCUGUGGAAAAACCUAUAAAAGACUAAAGAGUCACCUUCCACACUGCAAGGCAGCAGGAAGCUCUAAAACCCCCCCGACCACUCAGGAUGUGGCGGCCACUCAGAAAGCUUCUUCUCAUCCGGCUGCAGCGUUGUCCAAAGCCACCUCAGAGGGGAAGAAGACGAAGCCGAUGUCCUCCCUGGCAACCGAUGUCACACCGGAGAGGAGCGAAAAAGCUUCUGUGCCAUCCUUGAAACCAGCGCCGACUGCAGAUGGGUCAUUGUCGUCAUCGAGUCCUGCUUCAGUCGUAUCGUCCUCUAAGAAGAAGAAAACGCAGUCGCUGGCUGAUCAAAUCAGGACAACGUCCCUCUCUACCUCUCCGUCUUCUCCGCUGUCCUCUACGUUGUCAAAGCCGAAGAAGAAGAGCCUCCGCGCUUUGAUAGAAGCAGCGAAAUCUGGCCAUGUUGCGAAGGAAGCACCGGACGGAACCGGGUCGAGCUCAAAAGAUUCAGGCGGGCGUAGAACCAGGGACCAAACGGAGACCAAAGAGGUCGCAGACUCACUGAAAGGUGCUAGUGUUAUUUCAGUGCCUGCACAUGCUAAAGCUAACAGAGAACCCAAGACGAAGGAGACGAAGGAUGUUCUUUCGACGACCAACUAUGCCUCUGACGUCCUGGACUCUGACGUAAAUAAAACCAACCCGAGUCCUGUCCGCGUGAGAGAGAACUUCUGGGUGGACGGUGAGCUGGAGACUGAGGAAGGUGCCGGGAAUGGGUUGUUCCUGAAACCAGGAGGCGACCGCCAGAUGAAAGUUACCCUCCAGGAUGUUAAAGCCACGCUCGGCCGCCGGCAGUCCGGCCGGCCGAGCGUCCUGAGCCGCAUCGCGGCCGCUGACGAACUGAGCAGCGGGAUCAGCCUAGACGCUGACCUCAGCCUGUGCACGCUCGCAGCAGAGAGCCAAAAGCACGGCGUAAACCAUUGGGCGACAUCCGCGCCUCAGUCAGACAAGCAGCUCAGCACCAAAACACGACCCAGAGGGCUGCAACUGUUUCAGAAGCAGUCGAAAGCGCUGGAGGCAGCCGCAGAACGUGCAAAAGUCAAGCGAGGUACAAGUUCGCUCAGCACCAACGAGAGCCUGAAGGCGGACCCAAAGGGAGGACUCCUCUCAGUAUCGGCUCCUCUCAACCAGUCCUCCUGCCUGGUUCUGCAGCCUCCUCCUCCUCCUCCUCCUCCUCCUCCUGCUGCAGCACCAAGUUCCCCUGGGACGGUUGAGGACUCGCGGCUCGACGUUGGGAAGAAAAACGUUGCCGAAAAGCCACAAGAAGGAUUGCUGACACAGCGGAAACUGGGCCAGGUGACCCUGAAGGAGCUGCCUGACUGGCUGGCCAGCAGAACGCCCAGUCGGCCCACAGACGUUAUAGAAAUGGUGCGAAGAGGCUGGCUCUGGUAUUACAGGAAGUACUUUCAUGUAAAGAAAGGCGGCGUCGGUGGAGCGAGCAUGCUGCUGGCAGGAUACUGUGUGCUCGGCUACAUCUGGAGUUACCCCCGUAUAAAGUUGAGUCGUUGGAGGAAGUAUCAUUAGCGAUGGAGUUUUUUUUUUUUUUUU